AUAGCAUCAUGAAUCUUCAUCUUUUCUUUUGGUUGCACCGCCUCCAUAUAUAUAUACCAAUCAACCAUUGCGCAAAAAACUCACACCAACCUUUCUUCUCUUGGUUUCGUUGAUUGGUGGGUCCUCCUUUUGCAUUCUGAUUAGAUUUUGUUACACUCAAAUCUCAGAACCGAGGAUCCACACAUUCUAAGAUCAACGUUAACCUCACGAAUCCACACAUUAUCGUUUGUUCUUGUCGGUAUUCUAUAUUUCUCUCAUUUUUUCAUUGCCAACACCAGAUCUGUGAGAGCCUUUUGCAUCCUCCAUUUUCAUGGUUUUGAUGCUUAUUGGUUUUUUGUGAUUUGUGUGUUUUCUCUAUCUUUUUGGAUUCGUUUUGGCUUGUUCUGAGAAUUUGGGUCGUUAUUCUGUUAGACCCUUUAUUUGUUUUUGCCUUUGUUGUUGGAAAGUUGGGUACUUGAGCAAUUCUGGGGUUUCAAAGUUUUGUGGGUAGGUUGGUGUUUUUUUUGCUUUGUUUUGUGUGAUUGUUUAUUGGGGUGGUGAUAGUUUUGUUGUGGGAUUUGUUAUCAAUCAAUGGGCUGUUUUGAUGAGGGGCAGCAUUUCAAUGGUGAACUUGAAAAUGGAGUGAGUGUUGGAUGUGGUGGUGAGGAAGAGGCAGAUAAAGCUGCCAUUGAGGAUGCUGUGAAGGUCCUCUUGUUGGGUCUUGGAGAAGAUAUCAACAGGGAAGGUAUUAGAAAGACACCACUUCGUGUUGCCAAGGCUCUCCGUGAAGGAACCAGAGGUUACAGACAAAAAGUGAAGGACAUAGUUGAAGGUGCUUUAUUCCCUGAAGCUGGUCUAGAAAAUAAUAAAAUUGGUCAUGCAGGGGGAGCAGGUGGACUUGUGAUUGUUCGAGAUCUUGACCUUUAUUCCUACUGUGAGUCAUGCUUGCUUCCAUUCCAGAUAAAAUGCCAUGUGGGUUAUGUUCCUUCUGGCCAAAGAGUUGUCGGCUUAAGCAAGCUUUCUCGAGUGGCUGAUGUAUUUGCGAAACGACUCCAAGAGCCGCAGCGUCUCGCAGAUGAGGUGUGUUCCGCUCUGCAACAGGGAAUAAAGCCAGCAGGCGUUGCUGUUAUACUUCAGUGUACACAUAUCCACUUCCCAGAUAUAGAAUCAAUCUUUCUUGAAUCAAACCAGAAAGGUGUGAUGAUACUUGUUUCGUCCGGUUCUGGGGUUUUCGAAAACAAAAAUGCAGAUUCAUGGGCAGAUUUCUUCUUCCUUCUUAAAUCUAGAGGCAUUGACAUGGACCAAAUUCACCAUAGAGGAACGCCUGACCAAUACUGGUGUCCGUCUUUGUCUUUGUCUUCUCUUUCUGCUAAAGUUUCCUCCAAAAUUGGACCAGUCAAUCCUGCAAUGGUCAAUGCAGUAUCUUCAAUCCUUAAAUCUUUGGGAGAAGAUCCAACAAGGAAGGAGCUUGCAGGGACUCCUAGUCGUUUCGUGAAAUGGCUGUCGACCUUCCAAAGCAUUGACAUGGAUGUCAAGCUUAAUGGUUCCCUUUGUGGUGGUGGUGUGAUAGAUUCUGUGAACUCCAAUGGAGAGGUAAAGUUGAGUGAAAAACAGAUAUACUCUGAGGUGAACCUGCCAUUUUGGUCACAGUGUGAGCAUCACAUACUUCCAUUUCAUGGUGUUGUUCACAUAGGAUACUUCCUUUCAGAAGGUUUCAAUCCUAUUGGGAAAUCACUUUUACAGUCAAUAGUGCAUUUUUAUGGUUUCAAGCUCCAAGUGCAGGAAAGGCUUACAAGGCAGAUAGCAGAAACCCUUUCGCCACUGUUAGGUGGAAAUGUAAUAGUAGUUGUAGAGGCAAGCCAUACAUGUAUGAUCUCUAGGGGAAUUGAAAAGUUUGGCAGCAGUACAGCCACCAUUGCUGUGUUGGGACGCUUUUUGUCCGACAAUGCUGCCAGGGCUGCUUUCUUGCAGAGGAUUGCAAGUGCUACAUCUUCUGGAGAGCAGUGAUUCUUGUUGAAGCCCACUUGAAAUGAUUUAGCAGUAAUUCCAUUCAUUCUCUGCAUUUUUGAAGGUUUUACUACCAGCAGUGCAGCAUCCUAGACAUUGAUAAGUUCAGAAGACAUCCUUUGAUGAAUAAUUUCAGCACAUUUCAAUGUCAACCAAAUUUUGUUCUGGUGGCACAAGCUUACACUCUGAAAUUGUCUAUUGAUUGAUCAUUAGAUCUUCAUAUUUUGUCUUCUUGCUUUUAUAGCAUGUCUGAAUCAGCUUCUCUUCACUCAUAAUCAAUUAUGUCACUCAGAAUCCACUUAUAGAAGCUUUUUCCCAUAAUUUAUUUUGGCUUUGGAAUCUGUUGAAGAAGGAUUUCCAGAUCACAUGACUUUUGUCAUGGGGCACAAGCUUACACCCUGUAAUAUUCUGAUCAUUGAUGGUCAGAUCUUCAUAUUUUGUCUUGUUGUCUUUUAUUUGAUCACAUGAUAUGAAUCCCCUAAGUUUAAAAUUCAAGGGGUGUGUCACUUAGUCUAGAUUUACAUGUUGGCAAUCUUUGGAUCUCCCUUAAUGUCAUUGAUAUUCGUUGACUCAGGAAA